GCAAUAAAUGGGAGUGUGGGAUCAUCCAUUUCGAAAAGUAAAGCAGAUACGGGCCCUCGGCCCACCGUCUAUUAAUUCUGCGUUGGUAUUUUUUUGUGACCCGGAAGUUACUCCCGCCACGCCAAGACCCAGCAAACGUAAACAUUUGUUGAUGUCCACGUAAACGACAAUGGAAUUAAGUUAUGUUCUCUUUUGAGGAGGCAAACGGGUUACACUAAAGGAUGAUGACAUGUCUGUGGACAAGAUAUGCAGGAUAUUUCAGGUUGAUGGCAGCAGUCUGUACAUUACAGAUGAUGCAAACACCGCAACAUUUCCAGAGCCGUCUGGACAUUUUUGCACCCCCAAUCUUAUUCAUCGCGGUCAUUACGAGGUCCACGGAGAUCCAGAUCAAAGUCAGCUUCCUGCAAGCAGAGCCCUACCCACUGCUGCUGUUCCUUUUCCUUUUGCUUCUGCUUCCACCGAAACACCACGACCUUUCCCUGGAACUCCACGAGCUACUGGCCUGUUCCCUGCAAGAUCCUUCCAAAGGACAAUCCAUGUUGCUGAAAUAGUGAAUGACAAGCUCAGUACUUCCAGGACAGUUGUCAUUCGCUUUUUGGAAGCUGAUGCAACCGUUGAACGAAUAACAGCAAAGGUGAAGGAUGCAUUAGGCUGUGAUGAGCCAAUUACCCUGACAGACAGCCAAGGAAAUGAAAAAGUGGACUCAGAUGGCACAAGAAGUUCCCAAUACUGGAAACAGAACUCCAGAAAAAUCUACGCCAUCUCUGAAUAUGACUUUGUAGAGUUCCAGAAUGGAAGAAGAGCUAAAGCAAGUCGAAGGGCUGAAGACAGUUUGAGUGCACAAGAGGUCAUUGGUAAAAUUAACCAACUAAAGCAAGCUGCAGAGAGCCUCCAAGACAUCACUACAACCAUAAACCAGCUGUCUGAGCUUGCAAAGUCCAAAACCACAAUGCCAGAUGCUUGUCUGCACACUUUAAAGGACACAUUCACCUGUCUAAUUUGUAAAGCUCUAAUGGAAGAGCCCAUGUUUUCCACAUGCUGCGAGUCUCUAGUUGGAUGCCGAACAUGUGUGGAGCAGUGGCUGUUAACCGCAGAUCACUGUCUGAAAUGCAGAGCUCAAGAGGUUGACUCUGAGGUGCACCAGGUUAAGGGUAUUUCUGCUUUCCUGUCUUCUUUCAAGGAGAUACAAACAGAGUAACUCAUGUAACAUUGUUUCAGCAAGGAUGGCAUCCAUGUUACUGGAAAGCUACAGAGGCUGCAAAGUUUGCAUUUUAGCAAACACCACAGCUGUUGAUAUUAUUAAUCUGUUUUCUCAGAGGAAUAUGAACUUGUUAAAAGAAUCAUCUGUUGUGGUGUUAUGUUGGAAUGGCAACCUGCAGCUUUCCAGGAACAAUGUCUAACCAUCUCUGGUUUGCAUUUUUCGUUAUCGCAUCGGUUUGAUACAUGGUUGUAAUGUUUAAUCCCGUUUGAUGUUUUAUAAAACAUUUUGGAAUGGAGCAGUUGUUCUUAACAGCAAUUGGACACUUAAAAGUACAGUUUAAAAAGGAAGUAGUUAAAACAGAUUAACUGAUGUUAUGUUCUUUAUUGUGAUCUGCUGAGCUAGAUUUUUAGACAAAAGCUCAACUUCUUUACAUGAAAAUUACAUUUAAAACAAAGACUUUAUAAAAAAAUAAAGAUUGUAAGUGCUGUGUAUUCAUUGUAAACAAUCAGAGUUACUGCAUUGUUAGUGCAAUUUAUCUUGUUAUGGACUGA